CUCUCUCUCUCUCUCUCUCUCUCUUCCCCCCGCCGCCGGGAGAGGCACGCCGCCCGUGAACAGGUGUGGUCACAUUAUUGUCAUCAUGAUCAGGCCGCCGCGGGCCGUGGUGGCGUGGCGCCGCGGCCUUCACCCUGCUCAUGACACACGAUUCCGCGCCGCCGGCCAGGGACCUCAGCACCGCCUUGAUUCGCGCUAACACUUUCCAGGCCUUGGCUUCCUGCGGCCUUCACCCUGCUCAUGACACAUGAAUCCACGCCGGCCGGGACCUUACGCCUUCGAUGUAUGUACUACUCCCGCAGCCCAGCCCGCCCCUACCACCACAGCCCGCACACCCUAGAGCGCCCCCCACAUGCUGGCCUCUUCCCUGCUUCACGGCCAGGCCAGAUGGCUACUCAGUGCGUGGCGUGGCGGCCUCAGGGCGUGGCAGCCGCCACACCCCCGAGGGCUCCCCCGCCCCCAGACCACUGCCACGGCCCACACAUCCCAGAGCGCCCCCCACAUGCUGGCGGCUUCCCUGCUUCACCGCCAGGCCAGAUGGCUACUCAGGGUGUGGCGGCUGCCACACCCCCGAGGGCUCCCCGCCCCCAGACCACUGCCAGUACCACAGCCCCGUGGUGCAGUACCACAGCAGCAUCAGUCCUCCCUUCUCCCGCAAGCCCCCCGUGGAGCCCCGAUGGGGGGCGCCGCGCCAGCCCCACAGGGUGGCGCAGUCCAUGCUACCAGCACCACCACCACCACCACUACACUGCCCCACCCCGCGACCGCUGGAGCCCCCAGUGCUCCCCACGCCAUGUUACCGUGUUACCCGCUCUCUGUUACCCUCUCCCCGGGGCGCCGCUCAUCACCCCCAGACCGCCGUGCCUCCCCGGAGCGGGGCCGCUCACCACCCAGCCGCUCCCCCACGCUACUCCCCGCGCCAUUCCCAUUCCCGGGGGGCUGAGGUCCCCCUGCCGCUCCCCCUCCCCACUGGGUGAGGUGUACCCCUACGAGCGGCGGGGCUGGGGCUGCGCAGCCAGGGAGUGGGAGGCUCUCACCACCACCAUCACAGCCCCAAGGCAGAGCAGAGAAAUAGGGAGGGCAAGGGCUAUGGGUACUCUCCCCCUGCGGCAGUAUUUGAUGACGACCUCCGGAUCAUGAGCGAGGCAGAGAUGUUCUCCACUGGGUUCCACAAGGGGGAGGAACAGCGAGUCUCUCCCCCCCAGCCCGCUCCCCCUCCCCCAACACCCUGGAUGCCAAGUCUUUGGGUACUCUCCCAGCCGUGUCACAGCUGAUGAUGAUGAUGCCCCCCCCCCCCCCAGCCUGAGCCACCCUCCACCCACCCCAGCCCUCACCAAGCCUCCUCCAGUAACCACCACCACCAUCACCACCACCAGCGACGUAACACCCCACCCCACCCCUCCCCAGACCACAGAUCCCAGACUGUUGGAUGUGACGCCACAAGACACAGGGCUUCGUAACACCAGUGCACGGUGAUCAAGACAACACUGGACCAGAAAGACGCAAAGUACAGGGAACAACACAGUGCUUCUUCAUUUUAGGUGAGCCAGAAUGAGCUUGUUAAACUGAGCGGCCUCUUCAAGUACCACUGGAACUGUUCGUCAGAGGAGGAGGAGGAGGAGGUAAGGGAGUGCGCCAAGACCCUUUACAGCGGUGCAAAGGAGUGGAGGGAGAUGAGGAGAAAUUUGAAAGAGAACAGAAGUAGAAUGACAUCAGAUAGCAGGAGUCCUUAGGAUUUAGCACAAUAAGAUCAAUAAUUCUCUUACAUGAGUGACCUAAAGUAAGGCAGUUUAGUCUGGCCUAACUUAACUGAGCUACCUAUUUCUGUUAUGAGCUAAGAUAGGCUAUGUUAGGUUAUAUUAAAUUAUAUAAUUAUUAUUUUUUUCAUCAUUAUUAUUAAAGAAAGGAAAUAGAACCGAGAAAAUAAAGUUAAAAAUUAUUGUUA